AUGGCGGCCAUGGCUACGUCCUCACUCUCUUCAGUACUAUUGGCAGCAUCCAAUUCGUCCAGUUUGUCUUCCAGGCCGCAGCUUUCUUUUCCUUCAUCGGCUCCCUCGAAGCUGCUGUCUGCGAGGCCCUCGCGACUAUCUUCUUCGAGGAGGAGUUUGGCUGUUCCUGAAGUGUUGGAGUCCAGUGUGGGCUCUGCUACGAACGAGGAUGAUGCUCCUACGGCGAAGAUCAGUGUCGGCGAAACUUCGGACAUGGCUGUGCCAAAACAUAGGAUUAGGAUCAAACUGAGAUCGUACUGGGUCCCGCUGAUAGAAGACUCGUGCAAGAAGAUAAUGGAUGCUGCUCGGACAACAAACACAAAGACCAUGGGCCCAAUCCCACUGCCCACAAAGAAGAGGGUUUACUGUGUGUUGAAAUCGCCACACGUGCACAAGGACGCUAGAUUCCAUUUCGAGAUCAGAACACAUCAAAGGCUCAUAGACAUUCUUUACCCGACUGCCCAGACGAUCGACUGCUUGAUGCAGCUCGACUUGCCUGCCGGUGUUGAUGUGGAGGUCAAGCUUUAG